GACCAAACCAGCAUCUUGCUGUAGAAUCACAGACUUACCUAAUUUCUACAUAUACACCAAUCACCCUCACAAAGCCCGAUCUCAAAGUCAAAAACGAAAGAAAGAAGAAGAAGAAAGAAAAAGAAAAUGUCCCUCCCCGCAGACUCAACAGACGACCUCAUCUACGACGCCCGCAUCGGCGACCUCCCCGCCCUCCAAACAGACCUCUCCACGCUCUCCACGCAACUCAACCUCCCCACCAGCCAAAUCAUCGCCUCCGCCAUCGACGCCGAGCCCCAAGAAGAGGGCGGCACCGGCUGCUGUCUGCUGCAUUUUCCUGCCGCGAAUGGGAAUAUUGAAAUCCUCUCCUUCCUCCUCCAAUCCCUCGACGAACCAGCCCGCAAAACCCUCCUCAACCACCGCAACCACUCCGGGAACACGCCGCUUCACUGGGCCGCUCUGAACACGCACCUUGAGUGUGUGAAGGCGCUUGUGGAGGCUGGUGCUGACCUCGCUGCUACGAAUGAUGCGGGGCUAGACGCUGUGUUUUUGGCGGAGCGGGCGGAUUGGUCUGCGGAGGAGGAGAAGGAUGAGCAGAAGGAUGGUGCUGAGGCUGAGGCGGAAGUUGAAGCUGAAGCGGGCGAGUCAGCUCCUGCGAGACCUAUGACCAAGGCGAGGGAGGUCGUCGAGUGGUUGUUGAGUUCGGAGAAGGCGGCGGAGUUGGAGAGUGGGGUUGAUGGGGGUAAGGAUAAGAGUGGUAAUAAUGCUGGUGAAGGGCCGUCUGCUGGGGACAAGAUGGAGGAGUGAUUGUUUUUUUCUUUCUUUGCUAUUUCUUUUUCUUUGUUACCUUAUAUUUACAUGACUUGAUGGCUUGCAUAGAUAAAAGUUCUUCUUCCUUCAUCUCUUUCA